AUGCAGCUGACACGCUCCCUCACCUUCAUCCUCCUGGGGCUUGCAACCAGCGUCAUCGCAUCCCCCAUCGUGAUCAACUUUCCGGACCCGGAACCGGAACCCACCACCACUUCUUUGGCCGCUGAGGUGCACCAUCCCACCCCGCUCGCGGACGUUGUCGAGGACGCUGUGAAGAAGCCUCUGCCUCCCAACUUCAAGGGCCCGAGAGAUGCUGAGUUUGCCGGCAAGUGUGAUAUCGAGAACAAGGAAAACAACGUCCACUGCUUUCCUUAUGGAGAGAUCUUUUAA